CAGUCACUGUGUGAGGGUCGUCGUGAACUGGUGUUGUGGGCCUCUAUCCGAACAGAAGUGGUAAAGUUUUCUCUCGCGUGAGAUUUUUGCUGUCCGAGACCAGAGAAGACGGAGACGACGAAAAAAAAACGCGACUUUUUCCGUUCAAGUGCCGCCGCGAGUGCAAUGAAAAGUGCAUCAAAGUAAAGUGCGGCAAAAGAAACUCUUCCGGAAGUCACCCAUCCAUCCGGCCAGACCCAGGAAUCAAGAAAUCCAACCUCCCGCGAAAGCGCUCGCGCAUACCUACUCCUAUAACCGAGCGUCACCCCGCCCGAGCGUCGUCACCGUGGCGUCGUCCGUCGAGGACAUGGGUGAGGUCGGAGCGGCCGCCGCGACCGCCACCAACGAGCAGCAGCCCGCAGAACAGCCCGAGAUCGUCAAAGCGAAUGGCGGCGAGCUGAACGGAACGGAUGCUGAUGUGCUGGUUAAGUCGGUUGAGGAAGAGGAUGUGAGCACAAAGGUGGCCGCCACCGAUGAUCCUGCUGCUCCAAAAGUCAGUGAGAGUGAGGCGGAUGAGAAUUCACAGACUUCGCGGCCGGUCAGCAGUAAUGGGCCAACGGAGGACGAGACUUCGCAGGAUGACGGCGGGGAGGAGACGGAGGAGAGUAGACCGGCCCCAGGCGGGGACAGUGAGAACCAGGACACGGUAGAGUCGAUGGAGGUGGAUGAGGCGGAGGAGAAGGGGAAGAAUGGAGUGGAGGGGGGUAAGAACGGGGGUGAUGAUCCGUUGGAAGGGGGUGGGGAGGACGAGGAGGAUUCCAAGUCGAAGGGUGCGACGGAACCGAUGGACGUGGAUGCGUCCACGAAUGGGCACAGCACGGCGGAGAAGACGGACAACGAGGUGAUCGAUGACGACAGCGACAAGCCGGUCAGUAUUAACUCGGACUCGGAGAAUGAAGAGGAGGACGAUGAGGAGGACGGGGGAGAGCGGCCAGCCCGGAAGAAGUCGAGCGCGGCUUCGGAGAGUUUGGAUGGGAAUUCCAUGUCCAGCAAGUCGAACGGAGGGGACGCGACGACGGCGGCCAGUACCAAGCGGACGAAUGGGGACUGUGAGGAUGUGACAAUUCUCAGCGAUAAGGAGGAAGAUUGUGUGGUGAUUGAUGACGAAGAUGGAGAUACGAAUGGUAGCAGCAGCGUGGCCAGUGGGAAGAAGGCUCCGGUGGAGGAUAUUUCUCCGCGGAGAAGCUCGCGGGUAAGGAAAAGUAUCCUUCCGUCGGACAUUUCGACGAUCGACGAUGACGAUGACAUCGAGGAGAUUAUCGACGACCCGCUGAACCUGGCGGCAAAGCGGCCACGACUGUCGAUCAAUCCGACUCUGCAGCAGAACUCGUUCAAGGGUCAGUUGGGGCAGACGCCGCAGAAGUCACUGCUGGCCAGCAACCAACAAACCAAAGAUGGCCUGGUGAUCAUCGACACGAACACGCUGAUCAGCCGCGUGGGAAACACGACCAUUACGGCCGCCACUCCGGGAACGCCAAAGUCUGCAAACUCUUCGUACUCGUCACUGGCGACAGGCAUGUCCCCAAACAACUCGUACAGUUCUCCGGGCGGUGGCCGCAGCGUGCUGAAUCCGGUUGCUGCCGCGGCCAAUCUCACGAAGGCAAAUCCACCCGCGUUGGCUCCGCUGUUGCCGGCCCUGACGGACGACAUGUUCGUGCUGGAGGCGCCGUCCUUCAUCGUGCCGUACAUCUACGAGAAGCCCCCGCCGGAGAACCUGCGCGACAUCGUCACCGAGCUGGAAGCGAAAAUCCGCGAGAUUCGAAAGAAGCUGGAGGAGGCCGAGGACAAGGACGACGAAAACAGCCAGGAAUCGACGGCGGAAAGCAAGAAGUCUUCGGCGUCGGCCACCGAGGUCGAGUCGGAACCUGAGGCCAAGAAGAAGAAAUCCAAGCGGAAACCUCCGGUGAACAGUGAUGACGAGUGGGACGAGAUGGACACUUCCACGGACGACGAAGCCUCCGAUGAGGAGGGCAAGACAAAGGUCCUGAUCAAGGAGAGCAAGUCGGACAUUGAGAUGAUCAAGGAGCACAUCAUCAGGCCAUCGUCGAAGGAUGAUCUGACCAGCGCCAGCAGUACCUCGGCGGGUAGCAACGUGGCGCAGACCGAUCCGAAAAAGUCGGAGAACUACUUCGAGAACCCGCUCGGUAAGUUCUUCAUGAACAUCGGCGUGAACCUGGUGCAGGAGUUUGUCCAGACGGACCUGCUGCGGCAGCAAAAGAGGAAACGAGACCGCGAGGGCAAACCGUCCGCCAGCACGCAGAUGGCCAUCAACUCGCUGAUGAAGAACCUCGAGCUGAGCAAGGAAAACAACCGUCCGUUCAAGUUCGAGAUCAAACGCUGCGAGUACUGCCCGUUCAAGUCGGAAUCGGUGCUGGCGAUGGCCCACCACUACGAGACGCCCCACAUGCGGAACUACGUGUACAAGUGCAACUACUGCUCGUACGAGACGCGGCCACCGCACGACAUUCUGUUCCACAUGGAGGCGAUGCACAACAUCAAGGGCCGGCUGGAAAAGGCCCCGAUGUACCACGCCUGUCCAAACUGCCCGUUCGAGGACAACGGCAAGUCCAAGCUGGCGCGACACGCCGUGGCCUGCAUCAAAAAGUUCAAGCCCGAAACGAAUCUGACCCCGCCCAUGGACUGGGAACCGCCGGCGAAGAUCCCGCGCAUCAAGCCGAAGCACGGCCUCGUCGGAACGGCCACCGCCUAUCAGGCAAUGACCGCCCAGCAGCAGAAGAACCUGGUGAUGGCGAACCAGCGAGUCCAGACGUCCCCGAACAUCAACCCGCUCAACAUGAACAACCUCACGGCGGCGGCCCAGGCCGCGGCCAUGCGGGCCCGCGGGGGCCGACCCCAGCCCGUCAACGCACUCAACUCGGCCUCGGUGCUGCGGGCCGGCGUCAACGCCGGCACGCUCCGAACGUCCAUGUCGCCCGGAAUGGUAAUACCCAAUAACUUCCAGCUCUCUGCAGCGGCGAUCGCCGCUGCCGCUAACAAGUUCUUGCCGGCCCAGGCUGCUGGACGAUCUCUCCUAUCAAACUCUAACGCAUCGGUGACGAUUCAGAACUCGAUGGGCAUGAAGAGCCAGGUCAAGCCGAGCCAGACGCCCAGCAUCUCCAUCACCCCGCUGCCCCGCCAGUCGGCGAACGCCGCCACCAACAUGGCCGUGGCGGGUGCGCUGUCCAAGCUGCAGGCGGCCGGCACGUCCGCGGUCAAGCCGGGCCAGAGCCCGUCCGGCGGCAAGACCGCCUUCGUGGUGUGCGAAAUCUGCGACGGGUACAUCAAGGAUCUGGACCAGCUGCGCAACCACAUGCAGUGGAUACACAAAGUCAAGAUUCACCCGAAGAUGAUCUACAACCGGCCGCCACUCAACUGUCAAAAGUGUCAGUACCGCUUCUUCACGGAUCAGGGCCUAGAGCGGCAUCUGCUCGGUUCGCACGGUCUGGUGACGAGCUCCAUGCAGGAGGCCGCCAACAAGGGCAAGGAUGCCGGACGUUGUCCGGUUUGUGGACGGGUGUACCAAUGGAAGCUGCUGAAUCACGUGUCCCGCGACCACAACAUGACGCUAAAGCCGGCCCACCUGUCGUACAAGUGUACCGUGUGUACGGCCACGUUCGGCAUGUACAAGCAGUUUGAGAGCCACGUGUACUCGGCGCACAGCACCGUCGCCAAGAAGGCGCUGGACAACAAGAAACCGGGCGGCGCCGCCGGUGGUCAGGCGGGUGGGAGCUCUGGGACGCCGACGCGAGCGGGUGCCGGUGGGGAUUCGCUGCUGAAGCCGCUCAAGAUCAACGACGAGAUCACGAUCAUCCCGCAGCCGACGGCGGGCGGAGGCAGCCGGGGCAAACCGAUCGAGAUCGAGAGCCAUGUCAUUGAUUGAACAUCGCGUCCGAAAGUACCGUUUCACUAGGCAGUUUUUUUUUAAAUCAUACCAAUUACCACUUUAUAAUCGGAUGUAUCAUGUGAACAAAGCGCGCGCAGUAACUAAGCACAUAGAAGAAGAAAUCUACAUUCUUAAGACAAAUUGGAAAUAAAGCAUCAAGCUUGAGCAAUUUUGUUCCACACCGUCUUUUUAACACCCGACGCCACACUCAAACAUUUUCCGUAUAUGUUUUACAAACUUCCAACCGACGACUCUGCAAAUAAAUUUCUUUUCAAACUACAAGUUCCUACUGGUGUGGCAGCUCUGCUGAAAAUGGGCUAGUUGCUUCAGUUUUGCAAC